CCUAUUCCCCACGUCCAAUAUGGCGGACGACAAACACGUUUGACUGUUGUAUAUGUAGCUACCGCCGAAAAAUACAUUUACUGCUACAUGCAGUCAUCUUUUUGGCAGUAAAAUUAUAUAAAUGUGGCGCACAUAUUUAUUAAGAGACAGAAGGUUGUAUUUUUGAGACGGAGCGCGGGUUGGGCGAGAAUUCUCAGGAUGCAUGGAUCUCAUCAAAGGGUUCAAAGCACCAAUGACAGCUCCAUUCUUAGUAAGUUCUCCAUGGUCAGAGCUGGCUACUUCAAAGAUGAGUUCCUCAAAUUUUUCGUCACCAAAGAUGCUAAAAGAUCACCGUUGAUAAACAGGGGUUACUAUAUUCGUAUCAAGGCCGUCAGUCAAGUUCUUAGUUUAUUUUUGGAGUCUUCAGUGGGCAAGAAGCAGAUUUUGUCACUUGGUGCAGGCUUUGAUACAUCUUUUUUUCGCUUUGCAUCUGAGGGGAGGUUAACAAAUACUAGAUUUUUCGAGGUGGAUUUUCCUGAAGUUGUAAAGCACAAGAUUAAAUUCAUCAAACAAAACAACUUAUUCAACAUCCCACAUGAAAACGAAUUACCAUCAGGAUUUCAUAGUGAGGACUACUCUCUGCUUGGUUGUGAUCUUAAGAACCUGCAAGGCUUAGAGCAAAAGUUACUCGGUUGUGGCAUAGAUACGAGUUGCCCAACACUGCUCCUGUCUGAGGUGGUACUGAGCUAUUUGGACCCUAUCAGCUCUUCUGCUGUAAUUUGUUGGGCUGCUAAGCGCUUUGAUUCUGCUGUCUUUGUCUCAUAUGAACAAGUUUAUCCUGAAGACCCAUUUGGUGUUGUCAUGAUCAACCACUUUAACCGGCUUGGGUCACCACUGCGGAGUAUUACAAGCUAUCCAAGCCCCCAAGCACAGGUUCAGAGGUACAUAGAAAAGGGCUGGACCAAAGCCCAAUAUCAAGACAUGAACUCCUUUUUUAACAACCUACCUGUGGAAGAGAAACAAAGAGUUGAAGCUAUUGAGCCUUUUGAUGAAUUUGAGGAGUGGCAUUUGAAAUGCUCACAUUACAUUCUGAUUUGUGGAUUAAAAGGGAGUUGUGAAGCCAUGGCCAAACAAAUGUUACCUCAGGAGAAUAAUGAAAACAAGUCAAGUUUCUCUUGUUCUGAAAUGUCUCAUCUGCACACAGUUUCUGAUGGGGAUGAAAUAAAAAGGUAUGGUCACUGUGGUGUGGCAUUAUCAGAUGACUUGGUGGUGGUAACUGGGGGCUUUGGCCUGCAAAACAAUAGGCACACAAGAAUCUCCGGAAUGCAUGUUGUCUGCUUCUCUCAAGGGGAAUGGAAAUGUAUAACAUCUCAAGCUACCUCUGGCGAUAAUUUUGGUGCUCGAAUGUUCCACACUAUGAAUCUGCUGAGCGACAACACGAUUUUGGUGUAUGGAGGGCGCACAUCGCCGUACAAGCCAUGUACUCAAACCAUACUUCUCUCAAUCGAGCGUCAUGUGACAUCCCUGGACUCCGACCUGAUGGGUCAAUCACAUUCGAAUGCCGCUGAAACUUCAAGCAAAGACUGCACUCUAGGGACUCACACAGGAAUUUCUGGAGCCUCGCACACAUUCUCAAAUGAAGUCACAGCUGUGCCAAGUGAUUAUCAAAACAAUGUGGGAUGUACUUAUACAGCACGUGUUGUCUGUUGUCAAGGAGACAGUCCCAGCCCAAGAUGGCGGCAUUCUGCUACCACUCUAAUCACUGGAAAUGGUGAUGAAGGUGUGCUUGUGAUCGGUGGAAAAACCCUGCAAGAGUUGGCUCUUAAUGACUGUUAUUUAUUGGACAUCAAACAUUUCAAUUGGACAAAGAUUUCCCUGUCUGGCUCCCGCCUGAUGUGUCGCCACUCCCACACAGCCACCCCCUGGGGGUCGAAUGGAAUCUUGCUGUUUGGGGGGCUGGGUACAAGUGGUAUUCCUCUAUCCUCGCUUCAGCUUAUCGACACCCAGAAAUUUGAGGUGCAGGAUAUCGACAUAAAUCCUCCUUUGCCUCCCAGAUAUUCGCAUACGGCGCACUUGCGCAGCGAAAGCCUUAUUCUGAUUGGCGGGGUGAGCCAGGAAACCACAGGCUGCCCAAGCGCCACUGUGCUUAAUCUCGUCUCAAUGACGUGGAAGUUGCUCGCUUUUCCGGUUAGCCCGAGCUCCUCUCCAGUAAUGCUUCACAAUCACUGCAGUGUGGACAUCGGGUUUGAUAGGAUCAUGGUGCUGGGUGGAGGUGGAAACUGUUUUUCGUUUGGAACGCACUUGAAUCAGAACGCUCUCGUGCUGAACGCCGCCUUCCUUACUUCGCAAGACAAAAGCACUGGAGAAUAUAACGAACAAUAAAAACCCAAAUGAUAUAAUCAUUCAUACAAACACUAUUAGAAAUAAUAAAAUAAGUAGUUUGUGUGA